UGUUUAGUAGCCUAUUUGCACACCGAACCACCUGACGGCGUAUGUAUGCGUGAAAACAUCCGACACACAAAGGUCCCCCCCACUCUUUGUCUAUGCGUCCUCCUUCUCUUCCUCAUCUGCCUCUUCUGCCUCCCUCUCCUCCCCAUCCCCAUCCCCCAUGAGCAGCCGCGCCCGCUCCGCCGCAUACUUGGCAUCACAGGCAUCGAGCUCAUCCUCAUAGCCAGCAGGGAAGACGAGACACUCGCCGCCCAUCUCCGUAUCACCCUUCUCGGCAGCAGCAGCAGCAGCAGGAGAGAGGACAUCAGCAGGGAAGGGCGCUUCUUCUGGCACUCCAGUGAAUCCCUUCCACAGCUCUUUCUUGGUUGGCUCUGGCUCGGGUGGUGGCGGCGCCUCUGCCUCAACAGGUGGCUCGGGGGGUGGCGGAGGGGCCCCCUUCUUGUCCUUUGCGUCCUUCUUGCCUGACAAUCAUACACAAAUCCGUCAUCUGUUGCACCAAAACGCAUCGACAGACAGACAGACAGACAGACACGCACCUGUCGGCGACUCUUCUUUGGGUGGUGGUGGCUCCGCGGCAUCCUCUUUCGGUGGCUCUUCCUGUGGUGGCUCGGGUGCCGGCAGCUCUGGUGGAGUGUACCGCUUUGUGAGUGACGGUGCGAAGGCCGUGGAGAAGAAGAACUCCAGCCGGUCGGAGAGGGGAAUCUCCGCAAACUCGGACGUCUGCAGGGAGAGAGACAUGGGGGAGACAGACAUUAAUGAGUCAUGAGUGCCCACGUGAGUGUGCGGGUCUGUCUCACCUUGUAGUCGGCAAGUCGGACGAAGAACCGUUCAAAUUCGAAGUAGACGAGCUCCGUGGCGAGGUAGUCAAGCAGGCUGAUGCCUUCACUGUCGCCAGCACUCAUGCCGUACCUGCGUUCGUGAUGAAUGAGCACAUGGAUCAACCACACACAUGUCCAGUGUUGUUGCUGGUCUCGUGCAUUGCAUGUCAGUCAGUCAGCACCUGGUGACUGUCGUGAGUGUUGCCGGCGGGAAGACCUCCGCUAGAAUGGUCAGCGCCUCCAUCGGGGUGAGCCGAAAUGACGUCCCUGCAGGCCAGGCACGACGACACACCGUUGUGCGUGACAUGUCAGGCAAACACACGUACUUGAGUAUCGCUCCAUGCGCUCAGCCUGGCUUUCCUUGCCACCUGUAGAGUCAACACACACACACACACACGUGUCAGGUGCCCGUCAACCACAGUCAUCAUCUGGGUGUCUCAGCCACCCUGUGCGGAGCCGGGGGAGCCGUCCAUGAAGUCGCGAUCCCGGCCUGACAAAGGGCAAGAGCAGCGGUCGAUCACCCAAGUCACGUGAUCUGCACACAUGUGCUGGCUGCCGCACCUUCCGGCGUGACUGGUCUCGAGACCCCACUUGCGACGCUGGCGUUGUCGGCCUCCUCACCCAGGAAGAACGAAUGACGACGAGACUGCACGUCAGACAUACCGCCACCCUAAUGCGUACAUAGAACCAGCCGACACAUUUGCCAGAGUCUAUCUGACAUGACGGCUCUUUGGAUGCGCUGCCUACGGAGGAGCGCUCUGACUUCAUCGUCCCAUUGAGGGGGUGGGCGUCUGGAGAUCAAGAACCCGUAAGCAACACAUGCACAGUAGCCAUGAAGAGCUGCACCACACCCACGUCCACACCCACCUGAUUUUGCAUCAGCAUGCGAUCCGCCGGCCUCCUCCUCCAUCUGCUUGGCGUCCCGCACCGGCUGCAGCGACAUGGUGUUCUGACCCAAGUCGUCAGCACACUCUUCCCGGGCCGGCUCACACAGGAAGCCCAGACGCUGACACGGACAGAGACAGACAUUUUUUCCAUUUGGUGCUCGGCAGCUCGCUCACUUCGACAACGGCAAGGCAGUCUCUGACACGGAUGGUGACAUCGCGCCUUCCCGCCACAUAACUGCUGCUGCUGCUCGCAUACAGGUCGAACAGCUGUUGUAUGCUGGGCUGCAUCGCCGACCAGCACGACUGGAUGCCGUCCGCCCGUGAGAGGCCGAAGAUGCUCAGCCCGCCUCCCUCGUAGAUGGGCAGCUUCUGCAGGUGGUCGGUCAUGAGGCGCUGUACCUUCUUCUCAAGGGUGGGCUCUGUAGUUAAGAGCGCCUGCGCGAGGCGGCAGAGGGCCUCGAGGAACUCGCGCAGCAGGAUGGGCGUGGCCUCGCUGUGCACUUCACGGAUGGUCGCACCCUCUGGCUCCUCGCCGGGCUGCAUGUAUAGGGGAGAGAGACGAUGCACAUGUGUUGUCUCCUCGGUUGUGUGUGUGUACUGUGCUGCUUUGCCUUUGGUUUCCAUCUUUGUGCGAUGACUUUAUACGCCUCGUCCGGGUCCAUGAUGAUCAUGGGGUAGCUCUCCACCCUCUCCUCAGCUGAUAUCGUCACACUCGGCUUGGAGCGGUCCUCCGUCGAUGAGACCUCCCCCUUCUUGGCAUCGGAGCUCUUCAGCACCGACUCUGGAUGCACAAGACUCACACAAAUGACAAUAACGCGCACAAUCCGUCCUCGCCCCUCCCCACUCUCUGUGUCCCUACGCCCCUACCUAGCUUCACCCCCUCCCCCCCGGUGUCUCCCUUGUUCUCCUCUCCCUCCCCCUCCGCCACACGGAGCGGCGAUGGGGGUAGCGCCUUGCUCUUCCCGCGAGAAGAGGUCCGUGAUUUCGAUCCCGAAGAGCCUGACGACGCCGACCCCACCGCCCCCUGAGGCGGCACUCCACCCUCGCUCUUGGUCCGAGACGCGGGAGGCCUCUUGGCGGGCGGGGGACCGGGGACAGCCGCAGAGGAAGCAGCAGGUUGGGCUGGGCCGUGGGUGGCUGAUUCGGUGGAAGACGCGGAGGUGUCGGUGGUCAGUCUCUCUAACGGAUCGGCGCUGCGGGGCCCGCUCGCCAACAGCUGGCCAGGGAAGCACACAUACGGAUGGAUGGAUGGAUAAUGUGUUUGUUGCAUCUGGGGCUGGGACCCAAGCUACUCACCCGGUUGAGUGCGGCGAUUGGUAUGCGAGGGGAGAGAAUUUGUGCGUCACGGGCCAGGAUCCAGAAUUGGAGCUGCGUCAUCGCGUAAGGAUCUUGGUUGGCGCCACGAAGCACAGCACUGGAGAGAGGAAAGAAACAGCAAAGAAACAGUACAUAUGCACCGAUCUGUCCAUACGUCACGUCACGCUCACCGGUAUCGUCCGUAUAUGUGCCUGAGGUCGCUGAGAGCCCUCAGCAGCGUGUUGUACGUCUUCUUGAAGUCCUGUGCCGUCUCUGCCACACCCAGCCGAGCGGUCUCAAUGUCCCGAAUGUCCGAGAGGUCUGUGCAGUUCUUAAUGGGGUUGUCCUCACGGCCCGUGUGCAACACCUAUUGCACGCACGCACACACAGAUCCUAUCCUACCUAUAUGGACUUGUCUCUGUGUCAUCCUCUCGUGUGACAUAUAUACGGUUCCUGGGGGCGGCACAGCAGGCUGUCUCUGUGUCAUCCUGUCGUGUUCGAACGGCCCCUCAUACACGCUGCCGUCCUCAAAGGUGAACCGACCAUGCCCGUGCUUCUCGUCCUUCACCCAUACGCCAUCGUACUUGGCCCCAUUGGCGUACCAGAAAGUCCCCCGGCCGUGCCGGGCACCGUCCUGAUGCCCACAUGCAUACACACAGAUGCGCGCAUGGACGUGCCUCUGUGGCUGGCGGUGUCUCACCCGCCACUGUCCGUCAUAUUUGUUGAGAAGCUGCUGAGUGAGCGCACUCGAGGGGCCGUGGGCAGCCGACGGCUCCAAGGGGGACGGCACACCGCUGCCCGCGGCAUUCGGCAGAGACAGGACUUCCUCUCUCCCUUCGGCAGGAGGUUCUGAUACAUGGACGCGAAAAAGACAAAUCUCUCUGUUUUGUCGCUGGUGUCACCGACUUGGCUGUGGCGGGUCGCCCCAUAUGUAGAUGCCCCGGCCGUGGGGCCUUCCAUUGUACCACUCGCCUGCAUGAACCAGCAGCCACCACGGCAGGAGGUAAGCCGCCCGCCCCAAUCAUAAGCAUUGCCAGUCGGUUGUGUCUCACCCACCUUUGUACAAUUCAUUGGUUGGCCACCACAUGGCACCCUGGCCGCAUUGCAGGCCGUCGCGCCACUCGCCUGAUCGACCAGAGCGCAUACACACGAUGAGGAUCCUUUUGUGUGCUGCAUGUGCCUAAUACCGUUGUAUAUGCUGCCUGAUGGAUAGACCUGCCUGCCCUGGCCCUGCUUCUUCCCGUGGUACCACUGACCUUACAACCACCAACCACAGCACCAAGACACACACUUUUGAGGUGAAGGUGAAGCUUAAGAACACAGGGAUGAAUACCGUCGUAUAUGGCGGUUGGUGCGGCUUCGGAGCUCUGUGCCGACUCGAAGUAGGUGAGCACGCCGCUGCCGUGGCGCUGGCCCUUCAGCCACCCGCCCACAUAACGAAUGCACCUGCAUGUGAACGGCUUGCCAUGCUCACUUCUUCCUUUUUCGUGUGUGUCCAGCCUCACCCAUCCGCUGAAGUGAACGUGCCCGUCCCAUCUCGAAUGCCUUGGACAAACUGCACAAAGACACACACAAAAACACCGUGUGCGCGUCAGCCGACCCCGCGCCACAUAUACCUGUCCUUGAUACAAGCUGCCGUCGGGCCACCGGUAGACCCCUUCACCGUCGAUGCAGUUGUCCACAUAGCCUCCCUCGUACGUCGCGCCGUCUCCCCAGGUGUAUUUGCCUUUGCCGCUGAAAGUCUUGGUGCCCAGGAAUGUGCUGUGCAGGGCCCCCGUGUAGCGGCAUGCGUCCAGCUGGGCGUCGGUGAGGGGCAGCUCAUUGGUGAGGGCCGCACGGCGCUUCUUCUUACGGAGGGUGCGCAGACGGUCGUCCUCGAAGCGGCUGAGCUCACACCACACGUCUGUCAUGGGGAGAAAAGGAUUUCGG